AUGUUCUCCCCAGCGUAUACCCGCCCACCGAAACCCCCGGGCACCCGCCGUGCUGGCCUCCGUUCCACCGACAGCCAAGCACCUCCGUUAGCCAGCAAGCAUGACCUGUUCAAGCCUACUACCACCACUACCUCCUCCAAGGCCUCGUCUCCGCUAGUACCCAAAUCGGCAAAGGGCAAGGUCAAGGCCGCAUCGCCGCUAAAGGAGUCAACUGCCGCCGGCGAUGACGACCACGACGAUCAAGCCGCCAGCGACGAUAGCGAUGCGACUCACGUCAGCCCGCACAAUAACACUCGCGCUCCCCGCCCCCUCAGUCUCAUCUCGGAAUCGUCGGCGCCCAUGGUCUCACCCCCGCCACCGUAUGGAUAUCGCCGCACCUCGACUGCCUCGCCCCUCGCAGACGUCAAGCGCCCCUUGGUACACAAUGUCCCUCCGCCACCAGAGCCGCUCGAGUCUGGCCCGUCCUCUGUCCGCACCAGCAUGAUCUCUGUCGAUAAUGUCGACCUGGCCCUCGAAGUCGACGACGACGACGACGAGCCCGGUAACACGCUUACCCUGCGCGGUGUCCAGCGCCUCAUCAAGCAACAGGAACUAGACGCAAUGGCCGACGAGAUUUCAAGUCGCUUAAUGCUGUACGCAUCGCCCCCUCGCGAGUCCCCCCGAGCAAGCACGGCGACGAACAGGUCACCCAUUGCCGAGCGGCGCCCGCUGAGCAAGUCGCCCAGCGGCGGCAGUCGCUACCAGGUCUUGUCACCAAAGUUGGGACCUCUCGACAAGACUCCACCGCACUUGCGCACUGUUCCCAGUGACCCGUCACUCGCCUUCUCUCACCCCCAGCCCCGUGCACCAAGCGACAAGCUCGCAAGAGGGCGUGAUGUCCGGCUCUCAAUGUUGCGCGCCGAGGAAGAUGAGGCCCGGAUUCUCGAGCUCGAGGACGCUCUCGCAGAGGCACGCGACAGCGAGGAGAAUCAACGCAGAGCUGCCGCACGACUUCGCCGGGAUAUGGACAAGCUCCGCCGCCAGCUCGAGCGCGCCGAAGACGCGGCCCUGGAGCGUGAGCGCCUCGAGUAUGCCCUCGCCGCCGCCACGUUAGAGAUGAGCAACAGGCGCGAGCAGCGGUCGUAUGGCCGAUCUAACCCUAUUGCCUUUGCGGUUCGCUCAAGAGGCGGCUACGACCCACCCUCGUCCGAGGAGGAUGACAGAGUUGGCUGGGGCUCGACAACUUUCCCAGAGUUCCCGCGUGACCGACUCGCGCCCUUUGAUGACCCGAGAUACGCCCACCACCAAGAACUGUAUGAGCCUUCGUCGGCGCAAGAUCAGCACGGCUCAUCUCAAGGCACCGAGUCUGUUCGUCACGAAGAAGUCGAUCUCACCGACCUGCCCAUGACGCUUCUUGACCGACCCCGGUCCCGUCCGACCGUAUCUUCGGCGACCUUUCUCAGUCCGGAUCGGGGGCCUUCGCGGUCGGUCUCGCACCAGCGCCUGCCGCUCACGCCUCGACUCCAGGUCGACGCCCCGUCGUCUUCUAUUCGGGGCAGGAGUGACAAGGGCAGCUUGCGGCUGCGGCGCACACCUUAUCCGGCCUCGCGCCCUGCCCCCAGCGAAGGCAGCUUCUCGCUGCACCGUCGUGUGCCGUCCACCACGAGCACAGGUUCUGUGCGCAGUCGUGCGAGCAUUGUCACGAACAGCGGACGGAGCCAGAGCCCGCAGAGUGGCAUUUCUGGGAGCCCUCUGAGCGGCAUCGCUUCUCGCAUGGGCAGUGUGCGCUCAUUCCUCUCCGACGACUACUUGGGUGUCAGGCGAUCCCUCGGGAGCGAGCUCGGCAGCAACUAUGCUCCGUCACCCAUGACCAACUUUAGGGAUCUGGACGAGUCACCCGACGAGAAUGAGGAGACGACCGAGGACGAGCACUUUGAGGACGCAGAGCAGCACCUCCACGAGGACGAGGUUCAGCAGGACUUCGAGGAUGCUGGCUCCAAGAUUGGCCGUCCCAUCGUAUACAAGACACCCGAGAACCAGCUCUCGAACCAGUUGUCUAUCAGUCUCACCUCGCCCAAGGUGACCAGCAAAGGCUCACUGAGUCCCACUGCCGCGUUCGUGCUCCGCGGUCAGCUGGCCAGACACCUCGACUCGAGUGCCUAUGACUCGAUUACUGAGACUGGCGCUCCUAGGCGUAUCCGCUGGGCCGACUGGUCGCCGCGAAGUUGGCCGAGCCCAAGCCCGCAGCCGCGCCACGUCCCUCUCCCGGGCAUGGAAGACGACGAUGUCCCCGUGAUUGCCGUCCAUCCUGCCGCCACGCAGAGGUUCCAGGUCGCCGCUCCGGGUGACACCGACUCCCCGAUCCUCUCGCCUGCGCAUCUCGCGCCGGCCGGCGACCCGUGGGAUGAGUACUCUGACCGGUCCUCACUGCGGGCUACGCCGUCGCCGCGCACUCGGAUCAAGAAUGCAAAGCACCUCCGCCCGCUCGUCCUCUGCACCACGCCAGUUGUCCAGGCGCGCGACAAUACUCUUGCCCUUGCAGCCCAGCACCGUCGCUACCAGUCGACCUCGGCCGCACCCACCGCCACCGUCUCGCACGUUGUGCCCAUUGGCCACCGCCGGGCCCUGUCCAAUGCGCCGAACCUCAACGACUACCGCAUGUUCACAGGCCGCUCGCACCCUGGUCCGACGACGAUCCCCGGCCGCGUCAUGCACGACUUCUUCUGCCUCACCCUCCUUUUCCUCGACUACCUCGAGUGGGCUAUUAUUCUCUUUUGGCGUCUCUUCCUCGACAUUCGCGCAGGGCCUGACUAUGCUCUCGGGCCCCAGAGGCGCAACCACAAGAAGCGCUUCUACAUCUGA